UUAACCCAAUUAGUACUCGAAUAAUUGGAAAUCAGAUUUCACCUUUUGUCCACACGAAGAAUAGUACGAGUAAUUUGUAUUAUAUAUCAGAUUAUUCAGUUGAGAGCUGUUUGCUAUAAGUACUCGUAGGAAUAUACCCGUAUCAUCAAACAACAUUUCGAGUACAAAACAUGUCAGAUCAACUUCUAUCGUUGCUUCUUUCGGUGUUCCUUUUAUAUGGUUAUGCCCACAGUAAUACUGCAAUAUUUAACCCAUGUCGAGGGCAAAAAUUCACAACCCCGGAGGAGCAAAGAGCAUUCCUUGACAACUGGCUAAAGAACUUGGAAGGCAGAGAUCUGGAUCGGACUUUUAAGUGCUAUGCCACUUGCAUGCUGUUCGAUAUGAAUAUCAUGGAUGGUUCGGGGGAGCUACAUAUGGAGAAGUACCUGGAGACGGAGGCCCUGGAGAAGUCGUGGCCCAAAAGCGUGGCCAACUGUCGCUACGAGUUCGCCGAUGAAAUGGAUAUUUGUGAAUAUGGUUUCGGCAUGGCCAACUGUCUAAUGUCGCUGAGAGCAGCGACCACUUGGGAAUGAUAAUGAUUUAAAAAUAAAGCUUUUGCUCUCUCUCA